UAUUCAUCAAAAGGGUUUCUCCAAAGAAAUAAGUACAUAGUUUAUACUAAGAAAAGAGCAUAUACCUUAACUUCCUAAAUUAGAAUGAUACGAAUAAUUAAUUUAGGAAACACAAAAUCAUCUAAAUUAAAUGGGAAUGAUUUCCCAACAGGAACCGCCUAUGCUUUUGGAAAUAUAACAUAUACAAUUAGUUGGUUUAGUCCAUAUAUAUAUAAAGACAUGCAUACUAUAAUACUCGCAUAGAUCUCUAAAACAUAACUCUUUGCAUAAAUGGCAAAAAUGUCGCCUUUGUUGACGCUCUUCGUCGUCCUCCUAUCUUCCAUGAUGAUCCACCACCUUCCCGUGGCAAGCUCAACAAAAUGGUGUGUAGCAUCUCCUACGGCCAAGGAAAAGCAGCUUCAAGACAAUAUCACUUUUGCGUGUAGCCAAAUGGGAGUUGAUUGUAGACCGAUCCUACCUGAUGGAGCCUGUUAUAAUCCCAACACUCUGCUAAGCCAUGCGUCUUAUGUGAUGAACGCUUAUUACCAAAGCCAUGACCGCACCGACCAGGCUUGCACAUUCUUUUUCCCAAACAGCGGCACGUUCACUACUACAAACCCUAGCUAUGGUGCUUGUGUCUAUCCAUCUUAA